AUGAGGGAGGACGACCCCCUUGAAGCAUUGCGGGAGCUAUUUCCAGGCCGCCAUAGCCUUCAGGCAUUUAUGGACUGGGUCUAUGAGCAAGUAAGAGAGGCAGCGCCAGAGACUCUUACCCGGGACAAGUUUGUAGUGGAUAUAGACAACGCUCAAUUCUUCGACCUAGGUUUCCUCAACAGCAUGCUGCGAUCGACGAACGCCCGACUAUUUGGUCUAGAGGCGACCGCCGAUCAGAAUCUGGCGUCGCAGCUUUCGCCCUGCAUUCUCGCGUUCCAAUCGCAUGAAAAGCUAGACUUUGUCUUCUUCUGGCUUGGGAAGCUGGAACACACUCCAUACACCGAUACCGUCGUCAACGCCAUCCGUCGCUGGGAUGAGACGGGGUUCUAUGUCGUUGCUCGAGUUGGACAGAGUGGCAAGAUGGACGGCGUUUUGCCGUCUGUAAGAUGCCUUCCGAGGAUGACGAUAUGGGUGAAGCUACCGAUGUGGAAGAUUCCUGGGGACUGUUGCCGACACCACUUGGGGUCCUUGAUAGCGUGGCGAAACGGUUCUUUUGCGCACGCCUGGGUGGAAGUCUCGGGCAACUGGGAGAUGGAUGGUAUUACCAUGAAUCUGGCGAUCUAUCACGAUAUCCUCGCGGAUGCCGCACAAGCGUUAACAACGGACAUCAAUCUCUUCAUACGCGAAGGCCUUCACAUCCCGCAGCGCCUAAUUUCGGAAGAUUUAUUAACCGCCGCCAGAUAUUACAGCAUAACAUCAAUUCAGGCUUCGCUGCAACAGCUAAACCAGCAGAGUAGUUGGCCAGUUUCGCUUGCCAAAGAGAGAACGAGCGAAGAUACCACGUUCGCGGCCAUGAUGCCAGCCACAAAUCGCCUCCGCGGCAGGAUCGAUGACGCGGGCUGGAACUUUAUAUGGCCGUCCCCAAGCUCUGUAGUUCCCUCGGCUAGCCUGUACCAAUGCCUAUACCGAACUUUGCUAGAGCGGGCGGGCUUGGCUAGCGUGAGGGACAUAGGGAACUGUCAGGCGAGCAUCGAAGACUGUCACGUAGCGGCUAUGGGUAUGAGGGAGCGAGUAUAA